AUGAACACUUCUGAUUCACCUGUUGCCGAGCCUUAUUACUCUAAACGUCAUAAUGAAGAUAAACGCCAUGAAGUAGAUAAACGCCAUGAAAUAAAACGCGAUGAAGAUAAACGCGAUGAAGAUAAACGCGAUGAAUAUAAACGUGAUGAAGAUAAACGCGAUGAAUAUAAACGCGAUGAAGAUAAACGCGAUGAAUAUAAACGCGAUGAAUAUAAACGCGAUGAAGAUAAACGUGAUGAAGAUAAACGUGAUGAAGAUAAACGUGAUGAAGAUAAACGCGAUGAAGAUAAACGCGAUGAAGAUAAACGCCGUAAAUUAAAACGCUAUGAAGAUAAACGCGAUGAAGAUAAACGUGAUGAAGAUAAACGUGAUGAUAAACGCGAUGAAGAUAAACGUGAUGAAGAUAAACGCGAUGAAGAUAAACGCGAUGAAGAUAAACGCCGUAAAUUAAAACGCGAUGAAGAUAAACGCCGUAAAUUAAAACGCGAUGAAGAUAAACGCGAUGAAGAUAAACGCGAUGAAGAUAAACGUGAUGAAGAUAAACGCGAUGAAGAUAAACGCGAUGAAGAUAAACGCGAUGAAGAUAAACGCGAUGAAGAUAAACGCGAUGAAGAUAAACGUAAACGCAAACGUUUUAUCUUCUUGUAA